AAACAGGGCGAGGUUGUAGCAACUUUCAGACAGCAGCAUGGGUGGCACCGGGAAGUCCUGGGGACUAUAAAAGGGGAGAGAAUGCUCUUCUCCCUAUAUCUUCUGUCCGCUUCUUCAUUCUAAGGGAGAGCUAGAUACACCUAAAUCUCUGCAAAGAUGGUGACCAAAAUGGAAGGUGCUAUUAAUUGCCUGGUGGAAGUCUUCCACAAGUACUCCCUGAUGCAUGGUCAUUACCACACACUGAGCAAGGAGAAGCUUCGGAAACUCAUAGAGACGGAGUGUCCAGAGCUUCUGAAGAAUCCAAGGGAUCCUAAAACUGUGGAGAGCGUGUUGAAAGAGUUGGACAGCAACAAAGAUUCAAUGAUAAACUUCGAGGAAUACCUCUUCUUUACAACCAGAUUGAUGGUGGAUGCCCAUGAUGAUUCACACCAUGAGUAGCUGCAUCUUUGUUUCAGUGGUGAUUGGGAGCACCUACCUGGUGUUGGGUAUCUAUAGGGCAAUAAAGUGACCGAUACCUCAAUUCA